GUAACCGCGGCCGCGCCUAAAAUACUCCAAGUUCCCAUAAGUAGGUUCAUAGGUAAGUACAGGUACAUAGGUACAUCGCUACAUAGGAAAGUGCCGCACGAUCUCGAUCGGCUCGAAGAAAAACAUACGUUGAUCGGUGCGGGUGCUGCGUUGGCUUGUCCAUCGGAACCUCGCCUGUACCAGACAAACCCGUCAACGACCCCUCGCCAUCCAGACAUGCCAAACACCAGCACUAGCACCAGUGCAGAAUCAUGUCCGCAAAGGCUGCGCUGAAAGCCAUUGGCGCCGCUAUCAAGUCCCAGAAAUACGAGGACGCAGUCAACGAGUCCGGGAAACUGCUCGCUUCCGAACCCAAAAAUUAUCAGGCGUGAGUGGAAAUGUCACAGCUUGGUCGUUCGGCCAUUGCCAGACAACGUCUGACGUAUUUCUAGAACCCUUUUCCUCGGAUUCGCACACAGCAAGCAGAGCAACUAUGUCGAAGCGGAAAAGGCAUACAAUGCCGCGACGAACCUUAAAGAAGAUGACCCUCAGGCCUGGCAAGGCCUCAUACAGGUCUAUCAACAGCAGGGCGGGGAGGCAGUAGGACGGUACCAGGUAGCGGCCGUCAAGCUGGCCGAAAUCUAUCAAGCGGCAGACGACAAGUACAAAUGUCAAGAUGUCGUGGACAAGUUCAUGGGCUUUGCGAAAACACAUGGGACACGUCAACAACACAAAAAGGCCCAGGAAGUGGUUGUGCCAGGGUCUCCCAUCUACGACUUUCUGGAGGGUAGGGUACCACAUCCCGCUCAGACAUAUCAGAUCAUGGCACAAAUAACAGAGUUUGAGGAGAAGGAACGCAUCAACACGCAAAUUGGAGAACGCAGAACCAGGCUCGGGGCCAAAAUUAGUCAAGUCACAACUGAAGUGAAACGUGAGGUGCUAAAAGACAGUGAUCUAGAAGAACUUUACUCCAACAUUAUCAAUUGGACGAAUGACGAUGAGAUCCGACGGCAGUAUGAGGAAAAGUUGAUACAAAGAUGCUUGGAGGCUCUAGAAGUGCUCCCAAAGGAUGAAAAAGCAGAAAAGCGUGCCAAAUUAUUGAAGCUCUCGGCAGAUAUGGUCAUUAUCAAACAUCCAUAUAAGCUAGCAUGGGACAUAACCCUCGAAUGGAAGGAUCCUGAGAAUAUUGGAGAUAUAGAUGCAAAUGUCUUAUGGGAAUACUACGGGUUUUUCCCCAUAAGCGGUCUCGGAAAAGUCUUACGAGCGUUCAUGAAUUGUGAGAUAUCUCCAUUUUCAUCGCCUCCGCCAUCUGCCCCUGCUGCAAAGAUCGAACCCACCAGUUCCGAUGAAAGUGAAGAUGACGAUGAUCAGGGGGGAGGAGUCUCUCUUGAUGACCCACUGCUAGGCGAGGAUCGUUUACUUGUGAUGGCUGAAGGUAUGGCUGAGUCCGGAAAGUCAAUCUUGGCUCAUCGGUUGAUGGGGGAGUACUAUCAGUUUCUCGAGGAACACGAAAGUGUUGUUGAGCUGAUGCGAAAUGCUAAACAUCUACUUAAAGAGCAGACUGAAAAGACCGGGCUACCUUUCAAAAAGUCAGUACAGGCCACGACCAUCCUGCUUGCCACGGGCCUGGUUUUUUAUCAAUCGCCUAAAAAUCACCCCGCUGCGAAGGCUUUGUUUGAUGAAAUCCUCGCCCAGAAUCCAACAUUGCCCCCAGCAUUGAUUGGCAUUGGUCUCAUUUAUGAAGAAGAGGAAGACUACUCAGCUGCUAUCGAGUUUCUGGGGCGUGCAUUGGAGAAAGAUUCGAGUAAUAUACGUAUCAGAGCUGAAGCUGCAUGGGUGAAAGCUCUGAAUGGUGACUACAUUGCCGGUAAGGGGGAAUUGGAAAAGUGCAUUCCAGAGAUAAAAGGCAAAGAUACUCGCUCCCGAGAUCUGCUUGCUCAAUGUCAAUACCGUAUCGGCAUUUGCGUAUGGAAUAUGGAUACUUCCAGAACAGCGAGAAAAGACAGGAACGGCGCUUACUCUUACUUCUUGGCUGCUUUGAAAAGCAACCUCAUUUUUGCUCCAGCAUAUACCAGUCUGGGUCUAUUUUAUGCCGACUAUACUAAGGAUAAAAAGAGAUCACGAAAAUGCUUUCAGAAAGCGUUUGAACUUUCUUCCUCCGAAGUUCUUGCUGCAGAGCGAUUGGCUAGAAUAUUUGCGGAUCAGAGCGAAUGGGAACUUGUCGAAGUUGUUGCUCAACGAGUUGUGGAUUCUGGCAAAGUCAGACCAGCACCAGGCUCGAAAAAGAAGGGUAUUAGCUGGCCUUUCGCUGCUCUUGGGGUAGCCGAAUUAAACAAGCAAGAAUAUGCCAGGAGUAUCAUCUCCUUCCAGUCCGCGCUUCGAAUUGCACCCAAUGACUAUCAUUCCUGGGUCGGUUUGGGAGAGAGCUACCAUAAUUCCGGGAGGUACAUUGCGGCAACAAAGGCAUUUCAACAUGCUGAGAAGUUUGAGGAAGAGAUUACUCAAAACAAAACUGGCGAGACUUGGUUUGCCAAGCAUAUGCUUGCAAAUGUGAAGAUGGAGCUUGGCGACUACGAUGAUGCUAUUGAGGGUUAUCAGAACGUGCUGGCAGAACACGCCGAGGAAUUCGGUGUUGCCAUAGCGUUGAUACAAGCGCUUGUGGAAAGUGCUUGGGACGGUAUUGGAAAAGGCCUUUUUGGACAUGCCGCUCAGCGCGCUAGAGAAACCAUCGAUGCGGCUAUCAAACUUGCUGGGAUUGGUGCUGGUGCAUUCAAUCUUUGGAAAGCAGUUGGUGAUGCUUGCUCUGUAUUCUCGUGGAUCCAGUCUCGUCUCAAGGAAUUUCCUACAGAAAAGAUCAAGAGCCUUCUUCAAACUGGAAACGAGAAAGAUACAUACACCCUCUUUGCUGAUAUUGACGGAGUGGGUAUCGACGUCGUAUUUGCAGAAGUGAAGUUUCCGAUAGAUGAGAGGGAAGGUCUCCGACUUACUCAAUGUCUGCAUGGGUCAAUACUGGCGCAUAAAAGAGCCAUAUUCUCCUCGGCCCAUGAUAUACAUGCACAGGCUGUUGCUUAUUAUAAUCUGGGAUGUGCAGAAUAUCGAGCCCAAAUCUGUCUCGGAGAAAUUCUGAAGAAAAGGUCGACGAGGUAUCUGAAAGCAGCCGUCCGCUGUUUCAAACGAGCCAUAGAGCUGGAAGCUGGAAAUUCCGAGUUUUGGAAUGCCCUCGGCGUUGUUACGUGUGUACUGAACCCGCGAGUCUCCCAGCAUUCAUUCGUUCGUAGCCUGUUCUUGAAUGAGCGAAGCCCUCAAGCAUGGACCAAUCUAGGUACAUUGUAUCUCUUGCAGAAUGAUUUCGAUCUCGCCACCGAUGCUUUCACUCGGGCUCAAUCAAGUGACCCUGACUUUGCCCAUGCCUGGGUUGGACAAGGUCUUUUGGCACUUCUGAUGUUAGGUGAUACAAAAGAAGCAAAUCUCUUGUUCACUCAUGCUAUGGAAUUAUCAGAUUCUUCAUCUCUCAUCACUAGGCGGCAAUAUGCACAAUCGACAUUUGACCAGAUUCUAGCAUCUUCCAAUAUAUCAAACGUUCUAGAUCUUGUUCAACCAUUAUUUGCUCUUGGCCAACUUCAGUCCAUGGCCCCUAAAGAUCUGAUAUAUCGGCAUUUGUCAACACUUUUCUCGGAGCGCAUCAAUGACGUAGCUUCUAGUGUUGCUUCAUUGUCCAAGAUUUGUUCGGUCGUCGAAGCGGACUACGAGGUUACAGAAUCACCAUCAUCUCUUUCUAGAUUUGCAUUGGCAAAGGCGGAUCUUGCGCGCUCACAACUUUCUACUGGCUCAUAUACUGACGCUAUCGACAAUGGCGAAACCGCAUUGGAACUCAGCGACGAAGAUGCUGGUAAUGAUCUUCCUGCCGAAGUUCGACAAAAGUGCAGAUUGUUAGCUCAUCUCACUGUCGGUCUAGCACACUACCAUAACCAAUGUCCAGAGAAAGCCCUCCAAUUCUUCGAGCCAGCCUUGAAAGAAUCCAAUGGGAAUCCAGACGCGGUAUGCCUCCCCACUCAGAUGCUCUGGGCAAAAGGAGAUGAGGAUUCACGAAGCAAGGCCCAAGAAAUUCUCUUCGAUUGUGUUGAGACCCAUCCAGAUCAUGUCCAGUCGGUGAUUCUUCUGGGUGUCAUUGCUCUCCUCGACAAGGACACUGAAAGUCUGGAGGCUGUUUCCGCUACUCUACAGGAAUUGCGUGCGACUCAUAAAAUUACCGAUAUCGAGCAAUCGCAAGUUAGCGAGGUUCUCCGUGCCAUCGCUGCCUUUUCGGGUGAUGAUGCUGAGCAAGCAAUUCUCACGGAAAUUCAAACAGAUAUCUUCCUUCAUCCUGAUCAGCCCCAUGGCUGGAGUCAUCUUGCUGAUAUUGGAGGCGUGGAUGAUGAAGCGGGUGCGAUGGCUUUGCUUACUGCGAUCAAAGGUGUUCCUCCGUAUGGUGUAUUAGAGGCAGAGGCUUUGGGUCGAGCGUUUGCUGGAACGAAAAAGUUGGGGGAUGCGCAGACGGCUACCAUGCUUGCUCCAUGGAAGAAAGAUGGAUGGGCUGUUUUGGGCGAGAUUCUGGAGGGGAGGGAAUAGAGAAGUAAUUGUCCUUUGGGAAUUGUUGUUUGGGUACAGCUUUCCAACACUGGACGCUAUUUUGUGACGAUGUAUGAAAUUAUGAGAUACGGAAAUGGUGAGACAGAGUUAGAAUAAUGUACCUAGUACUUUAAGGAUAAAGACCCUCUCAUAGCUGAAAACAGUUAUCUUUACACAGUAAAAAUUGUAGUCCUC